UGAAAAUUCACAAAAAGGAAACAAAGUUGAUCAACAACAUGGAGACUGAAAAUUCACAAAACUUAAAUAACACAAUAAAUAAUGCUAAAAAUGAAUGCGAAAUUAAGUUGUGGAAAAAAUAUAAAGAAAGUUGUGAGAUCCAGGAAAAGUCAAUUUAUGAAAAGUAUGAAUUAUAUCAUUCAAGUCCAUCGUCUCAUCCACAUUACGCGACUGAAUUAGAAAACUACAUAACAUACGGAUAUAAUUUGAACUAUUUUGCUGAUUAUUUCAAGACUAAAUUAGAGUAUUUAAAGUUUACAGAAAUAAUGGAUAUGCGGCAAAUAAUUUUCAAAAUUGAGUGUCUUCGACAUCGUGGAUGUGCUGUAUCUGAAACAGGCGAUGUUAUGACUACUAUUCCCAUUGAUGAUGGAUGUAAAAAUAUCAUUUCUAUUGUUAACAGCAUCCUUAAUUCUCAAGCAAAAGACUGCAUAUCCCAAAAAGAUUAUGAAAAGCUUGAGGAUAUACUGACAAGAGCCAUUGACUAUGACUCCUUAAAUAUCAAGUUUAAUUUGACUCAAAAAGAUGAAGGACUUUUCAUUAGUAUCAGAAAAUUACUGCGUAAUCAGCUACUUACUGAUGAAAUCUCGUCCUUUGAAAAAGCAACAAUCCGAAAGAUUGUAAAUGAUAUCCAGACUUUAAUUCGGUUUGAAUUUUCGUCUGUAAAGUGUCUUGAAGACCAUAAUAUGGACUUGAAUCUGUCUAAUACAUCAAUUGAUGAAAAUGGCAACAAAAAAGUCAAACUUGUUCGAAACAAUAAUAUAAUCAAUGAAGUGGAAAUAGAGAAAGCAAUAGCAGCACAGGUAGGUAUGGAACUCGACGAAAUAUCUGAAAACUUAACAGCAUCAAUAGAACAAGAAUAAACAAUUAUUAUGGA